AUGACCAUCAUGAUGGUGAUCAUAGAGGUGACGAUGACAACGUUGAUAGUUCAUUUGUUAUAUGACGAUGAUUUACGUGACACUAUUGUUGAAUAUUAUAUAUAUUACUAUGAUAAAGAAGAUGAUACAUAUUGCGAUGGUGAUGAAGACGAUAGAGCUUACGACGGUGAUGAAGAUGAUAGAGAUGACGAUAGUGAUGUAGAUGAUACACAUGAGGAUGGUGAUGAAGAUUAUAUAGAUGACGAUGUUGAUGAAGAUGAUAGAGAUGACGAUAGUGAUGAAGAUGUAAGAGAUGACGAUGGUGAUGACGAUUAUAUAGGUGCCAAUAAUGAUGAGGAUGAUAACAGAGAUGAGGAUGAUGAUGAAGAUGAUAGAUGUGACGACGGUAAUGAAGAAUAUGCAGAUGACGAUGUUGAUGAAUAUGAUAGAGAUGAUGAUGAGGAGGAGGAGGAGGAGGAGAAAAAGGGGGUGAAGAUGAUAGAGAUGUCGAUUGUGAUAAAGAUUAUAUAG